AUAUUUGUCGGCACAGGAAUAUGUGUUUAUGUCAUUUAUUUGUAUUAUCAAGUGAAAAAAAGCCAUUUUUAACAAUCAAAAGAAAGUGAAUUCCACAGACGUGCUGUUUUAAUAGUUUUCAAUAUUCAGCUUAAAAAAACUAUUAUAAGUUUAUCGCAGAUACGCAAUAAACCAAAAGGGAACAAAAAUGAUUAACAUUCAAAAAUUAUAGCCUCAAAUUAAAAAAAAAAUCAAAGGCAACAACCAACGUGUAAUGCAGUUUGGAACAGAUCCGGAGAUCUACUGAUAUAUUGGAAAAAGAUUAUCAAUAAACUAAAGAAAAAACAACAAUAAUAUCAAUAACAAUAAAAAUUUUCCACUGUUUCUUGUGUAAAACAAUAAUUUCAAACGAGAUAAAGACAUAAAUUUCAACAUUUUUUGUUCUUUGUCUCGCCGCAACAAUUGAAGAAAGAAGCAAUCCUCCCCUCGAAGAAUCGAUUUUAACACGUUUGGGUGUUACUGCUGUUAAUCUGAAAAGUGAAAAUUAAAGGCAAACUUCAACCUUAAUAAUUUCAUUUAAUUUUUCAAACUCAUUUCCCUUAAACUAAGGUUGAAUUUUGUUCGUUUUUCUUUUGUUUUUCUAACUGUACUUAUUUUAGAGACAAACAACAAUGCAGCGUUGGUCUUACCCCGAUGAUGAAUCAGCCGAGGCUUGUGAUGCCAUGUUGGCUCCACCCGCGAAUAUGCGCACUUCUAGUAAUUCGUGUUCGUUUCCGGAACGUGUAUGGAAUUUUAAGGUUCUUAUGAAUCAGGAAAUGAUGACUCAUGAAAAAUUGGCUUUGGUGGGCAAUUGUGAAUCUUUGGGCAACUGGCAUUUGAGUGGCUGUGUCCUCAUGAACAAGGAUGAGGAUUCGAAUGUAUGGAGUGUGCAGGUAUCAAUACCACGAGAUCGCGCUACAGAAUAUCGUUAUUUGGUUUGUGCCAUUGAACCCACAACGGAGAAAUAUUUGGUUCGACGCUGGGAAACUCAUUUAGAGGCUAGAAAAAUACCAGAAUUGGAUGAAGAGUUUGAUAACGCUAAUACGGAUGUUUUUGGAGAAUUAAAUGGCGUGGAAAGAGUUGAUCGUGGUUGGCUGACUUCUGAAACCAUAGUUCAGUUGAAAUUCUUUAAUGCUCCCUUUUCUUGGAAACAGCGCAUGAAACGUCGUUUAAUGCAUGUUAAGGUGACACCCAUGAAUUUGCGCAUACCUAGUGGCAGUGACAACCUGCUGGCAGGUUCUAACUGUAGCAUAUCCCCUCUGGAAGAUUCUUUGUCUAAUGAUACCCAUGAUACUAGAGAAAAUGGUGGAGAUGGCGGCACGGCAUUUGCUUUUUCCGAAGUUACCACUUUAAAGGCCGAUGAUAGUGUCAUAAGGCCACAGCCUCAGUUUGGCACCGCUUGUGGUCCCGACGAGCUAGUCAUAUUCCAUUUGACCAUAAGUGACUUUGAAAAUACCGCUUAUUUAAUCGAUUUGUAUACCUAUUCCUCAAGAGCUGAUCACGAUGAGCCGCCCCAUCAUUUGGGUUAUCAUUAUGUUUUGCCAAAUUUAUUUAAAAUGUCUGAGGGACGUCUGGAAGUGCCUAUUACCUGUGCUUCGCGUCAUCGCCCCUUGGGUAUGAUGCAAAUGGGUUAUUUAAUUGUUAAACCAGUGCCAUCUCUUAGCUUGGACAUGUCCAUCACUUACUCACGCUACUGGAAUGAUAAAUGGAAGGGUUUAGAUGUGGGUCACCGUGGUUCUGGUACUUCCUUUAAGGCCAAUGAUACUUUAAUUAGAGAAAAUACAAUAACAUCGCUGAAAAAUGCAGCCGAUCAUGGUGCCGAUAUGGUGGAAUUUGAUGUACAACUAAGCAAGGAUUUAGUGCCGGUGGUUUAUCACGAUUUUAUGAUUUACGUUUCUCUAAAGGCGAAAAAUACCAUGCAGGAACAUGAUUUCUUGGCCUUGCCCAUGCGUGAGUUGACAUUGGAACAAUUAAAGAAUCUUCAAGUCUAUCAUACCGCCGAGGGGCAAUCACGUGCUCAGCGCUCUUUCCACAAUGACGAUUUGCAGGAGCAUCAACCAUUUCCCCAGUUGGCCGAUGUCAUGGAAGCUAUUGAUCCUCAUGUGGGUUUUAAUAUUGAAGUGAAAUGGUCUCAACGUUUACAGGACGGCACCAUGGAGGAGGAAUUUGAACAUGUUGUAGAUCGUAACUUAUAUGUGGAUUGUAUUUUAGAUGUUGUUUUCCGCAAAGCCGGCAAGAGACGUAUUAUUUUUAGCUGUUUCGAUUCCGAUAUCUGUACAAUGUUACGUUUUAAACAAAAUCGUUAUCCUGUUAUGUUCUUGACUUUGGGUCAAACGGAAAAAUAUCAAAAGUAUAUGGAUCCAAGAGGUAAUAAUAUUGAGACGGCUGUAUUUAAUUCUUUAGCUAUGGAACUGUUGGGUAUUGUAGCUCAUACCGAGGAUUUACUAAGAGAUCCUUCACAAGUAAAUUUAGCAAAAAGUCGUGGUUUGGUUGUUUUCUGUUGGGGUGAUGAUAAUAAUUGUAAGGAUACUAUAAAAAUGUUAAAAGAUUUAGGACUUCAUGCAAUUAUUUAUGAUAAAAUGGAUGUAUUAACCUCUAAAGAGGUGAAGCAAAGUGUAUUUUUAUUACAAGCCAAUGGCGGCCAAAGAGAUUUAUUAAAACUACAAGCUUUAGAGAUGGGCAAAAUGUGGCAUUCAUCAACAUCAUCGCCCUCAUCCUAAGAUAUUGCAUAAAUAUUGUUCUUAUAUAAAUAUACAAUUAAUUAAAGAUGUUGCUUAACAACAAUUGUAGCAAAAAUUUUCCUAAAAUUUUAUAGUCUAAUUUUUAUUAUAUAAGCACUUUUUUUGUAGUACCAUUUAUAAAAUAAUUUUAAUUUGUUUUUUUUUCUUCUUUCUUAAUACAUUUUUUUAUUUGUAAUUUAAAUACGUAAAUCUUAUAAAAAAGGGAACUUAUAUAAAAAUACUCUUAAAAAAACGCCUAAAAUAAGUAUGAAAAAAAUUAUAUAUGUUUUAAAGAAAAAAUUUGAUUGCCUUUACUUAAAUUUAGAGUUUUCUAAUAUUCUAAACAUAUUAAUAAAUUCAUUUAUUAUAAUUAAAAAAUGUAUAAUAAAAUAGAUUUUUUGGUUUAUGUA